AUGAAUGGAGCGACAGCCACAGCUACAGCAGCGGUCGGGGCCGAGGAGGAGGGCGGCGCGCGGGAGGGCUCGCGGCGGCGCGACUCGGUGGAGAGCGCGGGCGACGGGCGGCGGCGCACGAAGGUGUCGCGCGCGUGCGACCAGUGCCGGCGCAAGAAGAUCAAGUGCGAGUACCAGGAGGACGCGCAGAGCUGCAGCGGGUGCCGCAAGAACAGCGAGCGGUGCGCGUUCGAGCGGGUGCCGCUGAAGCGGGGCCCGUCGAAGGGAUACACGCGGGGUGAGGGGGCCGGGGACGGAGCGCGCGAGACGGAGGGGGCGCGCGGCGAGUUGGACACGUCGAGGGCGGACGGGAAGGCCGCGCCGGUGUCGCUGCCGCCGCUGCACUACUACCUGCCGAUUUCCAACGGGCAGCCGGGUGGGGCGCCUGCGCAGGCGCCUGCGGCGCCAUUUCCGCCCAUGAAACAGCAGUUCUGGAAGGUGCCCUACUACGAGAACCAGAUGCAGCGGCGGUCGUCGCUAGAGUCGGUGAACAGCGACGCCUCUGGCCCGCAGAGCCAGCAGGAGACGUACGCGGCGUCGAGCGCGUCGACGUCCUCGCACCAGCGCACGUCGCGCAGCUACUUCCCGAGCUCGGACGGAGCCUCCGCGCUGUUCCAGGAGCCGUGCUCGUCGAGCUACCCGCCGCCUCUGGUGCGAUCUUCGUCGACCGGCGGGCAGCUGCAGCAGCUGCCGGCGCCGCAGUACCCGUAUUCGCAAUUCGCGGUGGCGCUCAGCGGCUCAACGUCUGCGUCGAGCCAGAGCGUGCAGCUGCGAACCUCGGCGACGGGGAGCACCAGCCUGCCGGAGGACAGCUCGCCCAGCUCUUCUAACGCAUAUUCUCCACAGCUGCGCGCCCAUUGCAUGUCAGAGAGCUUGACGACGCCGACGGCCGGCUCCAAGACCGGCGGGUCCGUGAAGCGCCGGAAACGGCUGUCUGAACCCGCAGAUCCUAUCGUGCCGCUGAGCGCGCGGGAGCCGCGCCAAGCGGGACAUAUUGGGCUUCCAUUACAAGCGCAGCAAGCGACAGGCAAGACAGGCGUUAUCUGUGGGAAGCUGUCGGACGCAGAGCUUAUCGACGCGUACUAUGAAUAUGUCCAUGUCAACUAUCCCAUCAUACCCAUCAACAAGGAAACACUGACGAAUGAAAUUCUGCUGGUAAAUACGCAGCCGAUAUCCGAGGUCCACGAGAUGAACAACUACAUUCUCUACUGGUUCCGUGUCGCGCUCGAGCUUCUGCUACAUGUGGCCUCGGACAAGACUAACCAGGACACAGCAAGUGGGAUGGACAGCAACGCAGUGCAUGACGGCGGCCUCUACGCGCACCGGGGCGACUUCAAACAGAACGAGGAGCACCACGUUCCGCAUCAAUCGCAGCUGCUCGCGGCACUCAACGAUUGCUUCCGCAAGCUCCUGGACAUACACCCCAAGAUAUGCGCAUACCAAGAGAGCACCUCGCCAAAGGUGACGACAAUCUACCUCAGCACCUACAUCAUCAUCAACUACAUGCUCGCGAUGCUGGGCGAGGACAACACAUUUGUGCUCGGUACGUCCGUCACCGUCUUCAACGAGUUCAAGAUCUACCGGUUGCUGGUGCUGCACGAAGUCGCCGACGAGCCCGGCGACGACUCAGCGGACGUCGAGCGCCACGGCUUCGAGCUGCUCUACAAGCGCCUUUACUACAGCCUGCUCGUCUUUGACGCGCUCCAGAGCUGCUGCUUCGGAGCUCCCCGGCUCGCAUCCCUGCCGAUCUCGCACCUCGUCGAGCCCCUCUUUGCCCCGCCGCCACCCCUCGACUCCGCCAAGUGGGCGGUCGAGUCCGACGCCGCACGCCGCGAGCCCCUGCUCGCCAGCAUCCGCCUUGGCGCGCUCCUCACAGAGCUGUGCGAGACCCGCGUGCUCGCAGGCGCGCUCCCGCGAGCCCCCACGCCCGCCCUGCGCGCGCCCCGCCCCUUCCGCGUUGCCCCGCCCGCAGACGACUCCGUGCCCGGUGCCUUCUUCCACGCCCUCGCCGCCCAGCGCGCCCUCCUCGACCGCCUGCUCGCCAUCCCCGCCCACCCCGCCUUCGCCGCAGACGCCCCGCCCGACGCGACCGUCGACCUCUGCGCCCAGCUCGGCGACGCCAUCUGCCGUUUCACCUCCUGCGUCCUUGACACCCUUGUCCGCGCCGGCCCGCGCCCCGCCUCGCCCUUCGCCGCCGCUCUCUCGCGCGCCCUCCACCACGCCAUCAACCUCUCCCGCAACAUCCCCACCUCGCUCAUCGGCUGCAUCAUCGGCACCGCUGUCCACCACUCGCGCGACCGCGACCUCAUCGUCGCCCUGUCCCGCUGCAUGAGCGACAUGAUCCAGAUCCAGGGCCUGACCCACUGUCUGCGCCCCUGCGCCCCCCCGCGCCCGCGUGCCCGUGUCUCCUGCGACCUCCGCCGUCUCUACGGCCACGACGGGCCUCCUGCCUCGCCCCAUCAGGUCAUGCUACACCAGUUUAUAGACAUCGCCUGGCGCCUGCUCCGCAACGACGAGCUUGGCUGGUUUUGA